AGUCUGAUCACAGGGAUUCUUCCUUCUUUAGGGUCCUGUGUCCUUUGGAGAGGUGGCCAUCCAUUUCAACAAUGAAGAAUGGUUGCUGCUUGAUCUCAGCCAGAAAGACCUGUAUCAAGAAGUCAUGUUGGAAACAUCUAGGAUGGUGGCUUCUUUAGCAUUUGAUGUGCAGAAGGGAAAUGACCGAGAGAGGAAUUUAGUGCCAUUGCAAAUAAUCAAAACUGAAAUUCCUGAGGAGACCUCUUCAAAUAAGCGGGGAAGGAAGAAACAUGAAAAAAAGUACAAUUUGAAAGAAAAAUCUCUUGAAUGUGUGGGAAUGGAUCGCUUCCUGACCCAACGUGAUUCCAAAGAAAAUACGGGGAAAUGUCACAGUAGAAAAAGAUUCAGAUCAAAUCCCAAUGUUAGUAACUGCAAAACUGGAGAAGGCUCUAACAGAAAUAAUCUUACUUCACAUAAAGUGAUCCAGGCAAGGGAGAAGCCCUGCAACAGUGUGGAUUGUGAAAAAAGUGUUGGGUGGAGAGGUAAUUUAACUUCUCAUAAAAAGAUCCACACUAGAGAAAAGCUCUAUAAGUGCCUGGAGUGUGGAAAGAGCUUCAAGUAUAAAGCCUAUCUGAAAUCCCACAAAAGGAUCCAUUCUGGGGCAAAACCUUAUAAAUGUUUGGAUUGUGGAAAAAGGUUCAAUGUAAAGAGUUCUCUUACUACUCAUAACCGGAUCCACACAGGGGAAAGACCCUUUAAAUGCAUACAGUGUGGGAAGAGCUUCAGAACUAGUAGUUAUUUGAUGUGCCACAAAAGGAUCCAUAUAGGGAGAAAACCUUUCAAAUGUGUGGAUUGUGGGAAAAGGUUCAAUGUAAAGAGUUCCCUUACAUCUCACCAAAGGAUACAUACUGGAGAAAAACCCUUUAAAUGUAUGGAAUGUGGGAAAAACUUCAGAUGUAGUAUUCAUUUUACUAGGCAUACAUUGAUCCAUGUGGGAGAGAAACCCUUUAAAUGCAUAGAGUGUGGGAAGAGCUUUAGGCAGAGUGGUGGUCUUGCCUCCCAUAAAUUGAUCCAUGCGGGAGAGAAACCUUUUAAAUGCAUAGAGUGUGGGAAGAGCUUUAGGCAGAGUGGUGGUCUUGCCUCCCAUAAAUUGAUCCAUGCGGGAGAGAAACCCUUUAAAUGCAUAGAGUGUGGAAAGAGCUUUAGGCAAAGAGAUGGCCUUCCUUCUCAUCAAAGGAUUCAUACGGGAGAGAAACCUUAUAAGUGUAUAGAGUGUGGAAAGACCUACAGAAAUACAAAUCAACUGACAUCUCACAAAAGGAUGCAUUCAAGUGAAAAUUCUUAUAAAGGCACAGAGUGUGGAAAACAUUUCAGGACAAGCAAUUUCCUUGCUGCUCAUAAACAAGUCCAUACAGAAGAGAAACCCUAUAAAUGUCUAGACUGUGGGAAGGGCUUCUGUGAAAGCAGUGGCCUUGCUUCCCAUAAACGUGUCCACACAGGAGAAAAACCCUAUAAAUGCAUGGAGUGUGGAAAGAGCUUCAGUGUAAAGUGUACUCUGACUUCUCAUAAACGGAUCCACACAGGAGAAAAACCAUAUAAAUGCCUAGACUGUGGGAAGGGCUUCAGUGAAAGCAGUGGCCUUGCUUCCCAUAAACGUGUCCACACAGGAGAAAAACCCUAUAAAUGCAUGGAGUGUGGAAAGUGCUUCAGUGUAAGGAGUGCUCUAAUUUCUCAUAAACGGAUCCACACAGGAGAAAAACCCUAUAAAUGUCUAGACUGUGGAAAGGGCUUCAGCCAAAGCAGUACCCUUGCUUCCCAUAAACUGGUCCACACAGCAGAAAAACCCUAUAAAUGCAUGGAAUGUGGAAACAGCUAUAAAAGCAGUACUUAUCUGAACCUCCAUAAACGGCUCCACACAGGAGAGAAACCCUAUACAUGCCUAGAGUGUGGAAAGACCUUCAGUGUAAAAAGUGCUCUUACUUCACAUGAAAGGAUCCACACAGGAGAGAAACCCUAUAAAUGUUUAGAAUGUGGGAAGAGCUUCAGCCAAAGCAAUCAACUUAUUUUACAUAACAGGAUCCAUACAGGGGAAAAACCUUAUAAGUGCACAGACUGUGGAAAGACCUUUGCUACCAGUGGCAAUCUGACUUACCAUAAAAGGUCCCACACAGGAGAGAAACCCUAUAAAUGCCUAGAAUGUGGAAAGAGCUUCAGUGAUAAACGCUACCUUACUUCCCAUGACAGUAUCCACACAGAACAGAAAUCAUAUGCAUGCAAUGAAUGUGGGAAGUGUUUGAGUACAAGCAGGUCCCUUACUUACCACAUUCGUAGCCACUCGCCGAAAAAAUUGCACCCAUGCACAGAAUGUGGGAAAAGCUUCAGAUUAAAAAGUCACCUUACUUCUCAUAAGAGGAUCCACACAGGGGGGAAGUAGAAAUGAAUGGAAUGCAGAAGGAGUUUUUAUGAAAACAGGAUGCUUUUCAAGAAAGAAUCCACAGAGGGCAGCAAAAUAUCUUAUGGGAAGCAAUCAACUUAUUUCCCUUAUAAUAUGACCCAUAACGGGAUGGGAGGGAGAUCCCUUUAGGGACUGAAGUGUCCUUAAUUUGUGUAAACUUGUUCACUGUGGUGUGAAACCAUCUAAAGAUAUGGAGUGUAAAAAGAAUAUCUUUGGAAAAAUGUUGUGGGGAACAGUCUUCAUUUCAUAGUAUCACCAGGGAUGGGUUGCUGCCGGUGUUCCUGCCCAUUUGCUUCACACACACUUUGCUUGUUCAUGCGCAGUUGCCUGUAAAUUGUUCUGCACAUGCGCAGAACAUUAUAAAAUGACUAAAAAAAACCUGCUGACAAC